AUGCAAAUCAAAAAAUUUCAACUGUCGCCGCCCAGUCUCGAGGAGCUGGCUGAGAGGCUCCGAUCUCCACUGGCGGCCAACUUUCACUUUUCGUCCGUCACAGUUGAAGCUUGCCCUGACCUUCGCCAAGCUCCAUUCCACCUAGCUACGCGGGGUUUGUCUGGGGAUGAAAGGGUGGCCGAUAUUGGCGGGCAGCCUAAUCUGUUUCCUCGCCCGCGGCUCGACAGCUUUUGGGCUAUGGAUGAACUCGCUGCAGCAAUGGAUAUGAACAGUGGCAGUGGCAGUGGCAGUGGCAGCUUGAUCGGCGCUGGCGCUGGCCCGUUUCACAUCAUUGGUCAGAAUAGCGAGCUUGCUCCCAAUCUCAGCUGGGAAGAUGGGUUACAGACAAUCAACAACCAGACCCGAAUCAUCAAAAUUAUGAAGACCACAGGUGGCGUAGGCGUUGAGAAGAGUUCUUCAUUGGACUGUGGAUUGAUGGCAAACCUUUUCGGCUGCUCGGGCGAACCUGGGCCUGUUCUUAGGGUUGUUGCCCGAGGACGAAAAGGUGUCGAGAAGAGCUUCACCGAAUGCAUUCGCAAGGCACUGUACUCUGCAUAUGGCGACGAUCAUGCCGUGAGUUUGGGGGGAGCAUUCGUGGUCAAGUCUGGGAAGGCGGUUUAUCACAUCAUGCCCGACUUCCCUCCAGAACGCGAUCUUCCUUUCAAAGACCGUGGCCAAGUCGACGCGUGGCUCACUUGGCAUGAAUUCCAGGCUCCAAUGGUGUGCUUGUCAGUUCUUCACUCUGCAGAUCCCGACAAACUUGGUCUGCGGAUGGAGCAUACACAUUGUUUCUCAUCGGAAGGGAAUGCUGGAGGUCACUAUCACUACGAAGCGGAUGAUUCCGCAGAGGACGUUGAGUAUGAGGGCUACUUCAACACAGCAAAAGUAAUCUACAGGAUAGACAAUCCGGCGGCCGCUUAA